AUGCCUUCCACAGCUACCACUCGACGAGUUCACUUUGCCCCUUCGCCAGUCUCGGCAGUGUUCACCGUCCCCCGCAAAACCGAGAGUGAAGCGCUAACUCUCUUUUACCAGCCAGAAGACUGCGACCGCUUUCGUGCGGAAGCUCAGUUGGAAAAACUUGCCUUGGAGCUCAGCGUAGACUAUCAGCACUCAGCCAACAGCCAUGUUGCUGCCCCCGCGAGCAGCAACGUGGAGUCCUUGAAUGCUCUUACUCAACUCGCCCGUCAUCAGUUCAAAGCUUUGCCCGUGGCAUUUGCCAGUCCUUCUUCUUGUCCUAUCAUGCCCAACAGUACACGUCGGUCCUCUUCCUCCUCUCGAACAUCCGGCAAUGCCAGGGGAACUGCCCGCAUUGCCUAA